UUAUCUUUCUCUUGCUCUCUCCCUUCUCUUCUCUAUUAACUUAGUCUUAAAAAUGGCAUCAAAAGGAAAGAAACCAACGAGAGGAACAACUACAAGAAGAGGAAAAAGAAUCAAGAACCUAUCUUCUCCAUGUAGUAUCAAUAGUGACGUCACUUCGACGUCAUCAGCUACUUCAAUAUCCUCAACCGCCACGUCAACGUCGCCGAUUAUAGCCAAUGGAUGUUGUACUCCGAAGUCAAAGAAGUCACGAAUACCGGAGGUGCUAAAGUGUCCACCAGCGCCGAAGAAGCAAAGGGUGGCGCAAAAUUUUGCUUUGAGGAGGAGACAAAUCUCUUUCUUUGCUCCUCCAGAUGUAGAACUCUUCUUUGUUAUGGCACUUGGUUAUAAUCAUGGUCAACAAAUCGAUAAAUAA